CCGCGUGUGGCCGCGGGUUGCCGGGGGGGCGCGUGCUCGGGGAUCCUGGGGGCGCAAGGGAACCAGGUCAGCAUCCACCGCCAUGCAGCCUUCCCGGCUCUACACCUUGGUUCUGGUACUGCAGCCGCCACGCAUCCUCCUGGGCAUGAAGAAGCGUGGCUUUGGGGUUGGCCUCUGGAAUGGCUUUGGAGGCAAAGUGCAGGAGGGAGAGACCAUCGAGGAAGGAGCCAAGAGGGAGCUGCAAGAGGAGAGCGGCCUGACAGCGAAGACGCUACACAAGGCUGGCCACAUCGUGUUCGAGUUUGUGGGCGUCCCCGAGCUCAUGGAUGUGCACGUCUUUUGUACGGACACAGUCCAAGGCACUCCGGCUGAAAGCGACGAGAUGCGGCCCCAGUGGUUCCACCAGGACCAAAUCCCCUUCAGCGAUAUGUGGCCUGACAACAAGCUCUGGUUCCCUCUCUUGCUCCAGAAGAAGUUGUUUCAGGGGUACUUUAAGUUCCAGGGACACAGCACCAUCGUGGACUACACCCUCCGGGAGGUGGAUGCCCUGUGAGGGGACGUGACCCACCAGGGUGAGGAUAUGUAUGGCCCAUCCCUCCCUGCUGUGCACCAUGGGCUGAGGCAGGCAAGGGCAUGUCCCCCAACUCCACUUCAUGUUGUUUUUUUUUUCCCCUUUACAGUAGCAGAAACUGAGGCAGGACUCAAAAGAAAACAUGCCCAAGGCCAGAACAUUCCUGAUCCCAAAAGGCUUUAUCUCUUCACUGUAAGAAAAACUGAGGCAGGUCUCGAGGCCACUCACGGUUCCUGACCCCAAAGGACUACUGGCAUCUGAUCAAGGGAAAAGAAAGUCUGCACACAAAAAGUGCAUGCCACACUCAGUUCUUAUAAAUGCCUUUAAUAACAGUUAUUCAUGAAAGCUUCUAAAUAAACUCUCGGCAUAGAGAUCACAUGUAAACAA